ACACAGUACACAAUAGCAAAGCUCACUGAACCGGCUAGGGCUCGGGGAAAGGACUAGUGUGAUGUACCAUGGCUGACUUUGAUUACUCUGUCACUAAUGGAAGACAAGGUACCUUUCAACUUGCACGAAAGGGCUUACGAUUUGGUAACUUCGAGGGCGUGAAGACACUUCCAAAAGUUGGCAGCACAUCUGUCACCGAUGAGCAGCUGGCCAAAACCGGUAGCCACUUCAACAACAAGCAGAUCUUCCGAAAAAUAUGCCAGUGGUUUGAAACAUGGAUGCCAUGGCAGAAACGAAUCCUGCUGUGCGGAACCACGGACCGAUGCUCCAACAGCCAGCUGGAGUACUUGGCCACAGCCCUCGAGCCGGUCUUCCACCGUGACUUCUCAGCGUCGCUCAACAAGGAGAAGUUUUCAGGCACGCCACUGAGGAGGCAACGCGAGGAAGAUCCUCAAGUUGCGCUUCUGAAAGCACUGCAGAUGGCCACCAAAGGGACAGAGUAUGAAGACGAUUACCUUUUAGUGAGAUCGGGAAGACUGUCUCGUGGAUACAGCGACUUGGAGGGGUUUGCGCAGGAGUAUGUAAGGGAGGUGAUAGAGGGAGCCCUUGAGAUCAUGUACGGCAAGGUCACCAAGAUGAGACCAACCAACGAUCAAAGUAAAACACAAGCAUCCCCCAAGCCAGAUGAACAACGCAAGAGCACCACCACGCCCCACCUUGCCUUAGACGUGCCCAAAUUCAGGAAAUUUUCAGAAGAAGAAUUCUUGACGUCUGAGAGCACCAGUCAGCUGAUACCAACCAUAACCACUGACUCCGAUCAGCAGACAAUGAGAGCCAAACGGGCCACACGCACCUUGACUGCCCCACCAUCGCAGAGCUAUGGCUCCCUGUCCAAAAGUCCAACCAGAUCUGUCCAGGAACGACAAGCUCCACCAGAGCGUCUCAAGCAUGGUCGUCACUGGACUUUCCCUGGAUGUCAGAAUCUGCAGACGCCACUCUUUUCAGAUAAUCUGGCUGGCCACGUAGCUACAGACAGUGGUACAAAUUUCACACCGGGAUAUGGAACUGGUAGCUAUGCUCCACUGCAGACCAAUAAAGUUUCUACGUUGACAUGGUGUAUGAAACACCAAAGGAGGAACUUGACCCCUACCAGUCAAGCAUCAUCGCGAGCCAGCAGGCAGGCAUCUCACCAUCACAAUAGCCAUGUCAGCUCAGGCACUGCUAGUACCAGAGAAUUCUUUGAACCAAAGCGACAAUCACAGAAACUGGGUACGAUGUACAGAGCACUGCGCACUGGUCAGAUAAAGAAACCAGACAAGCUGACCGAUGUGUCGGUUCCACUCCAGAAGACCUUCAAGCAUGCCAAAUGGUGGGGAAGGGAACCCUCUACUGUCCGACAGCUGGUACCCGCUCACCACAAGGAUCUUAAAGAACACUUCAAGAAGCAAAUAUCGCAGAUAUGGGUGUGGAUGCAGGAAUGGGAGGAUUUUGAGAAGGGAGACCUGCUAGUUGAGCUGAUCAAGAUGUGUGACCAAGAUCUCUUGAAGUUUUUGGCACAAUGUCUCCAACAGAGACUGAGACAAUUGUACAAAUGGUUACAGGAUCGCAAUGACAUCAACUGCCUGCCAGACAAGCUGCUGCUACACAUCUUCUCCUUCCUGCCUUCGCAUGACAUCGUGUCGGCUGAGAGAGUCUGCCGCCGCUGGCGUUACAUCGGUGCCCAGGAUGCCUUGUGGAGAAUCAAAUGCCAGGAGUUAGGGUAUAAAGAAGGCUUGUUGGACCUGCCCGGUAUGAUUGAGGAGUUCAAUCAAGGCUACAGUGUGGACUGGAGGAGUGCGUACAUUGAACUGUGUCAGGUUGCUCAGCAUGCUAAGAGACCAGCUAUCCCGACAACACAAGUUGGCGAGACGGGAAGCAAAAAAUGGCUGUCUUUCAGGCUUGACGAACGAAUGAAGAAACGAACACAGACUCCGGAAUCUGUCAAGCUUACACCAAUUGAAAGUGAGAGUUUUUCAUCGGAAGACACUUCCAUAGAGGAUUUUGACAGAAAGCACAGCACAGUAGUUGAUGUGCCGAUCCAGUGCAUGCAGGUGGCAGUGGAAGCUGAAGAGAGUGAGGAGGAUGAUAUCGACGAGUUAACAAUGUCUGAGUUUGCAAUCCAGGGAAUAGCACACGAUUUCUAUCUCUUCCCAGAACUGACCAAAACAGCCGAAUUGCCUUCGUUUGUCCCACUGGUCAAACCGGCUCAACUAGGCCAAGGGUUACCACGUGCUGAGGGUGACUCCAUAGAAGAAAGCAAAGAUGCGGAGGCAGAGGGUGCAGCAGAUGAGGCGGACAAGACAACCAAGAAGAAGAAAGAGAGGAAAAAGAAGAAAAAGAAGAAAGCGGCCAAGUCUAAAGAAGAUGACUUGGCCUUGGAUAUCAGACCAGAGCUGCAGCAAGCAAAGGACAUUCUGAGUGAUUUGCAAGGAGAUGUAGGACCGCCUAUGAAAUCUCUCAAGCACCCAGGCUGGGUCAAACCCGUCAAGAGAGUGCGUAGACUACAGGGCCAUACAGAUGCUGUGUUCUGUCUGAUGUUUGACAAAUGUCGCAUCCUCACCGGAUCCAUGGAUAGAACCAUUCGUGUCUGGGACAUUCGCAGUGGAAGAAGUAUACGGAAGAUCUACGGCCAUAAGGGAGGUAUCCGUUGCCUUCAGUUUGAUGACACCCGUAUUUUGUCGGGUUCCUGGGAUAUGACCAUCAUGGUGUGGGAUAUCAUCAAGUUCAACCAUCUAGCCACCCUUACUGGACACGUAGAUGUGGUGUCGUGUCUGCAGUUUGACAAGACACACUUGGUGACCGGAUCACAUGACAACACAAUACGGGUGUGGUUGAUGGAGGACUACCAGUGUCUGAGGGUCUUGAGACAUCAUAAGGAUAGCGUGACGUGUCUUGUCUUUGACGGCCGGUGUGUCACCAGCGGAUCAGCUGACAGGACUAUUCGGAUGACAAGAAUCUCAACUGGCGAAUGCAUCCUCAAGCUAUCAGACUACUUAGACGUCGUCACUUCUCUUGAUGUUCAGGGAGAGCUGAUUGUGGGUGGAACCCUGAGCGGUAAGCUCUUCUUCUGGGACAAGCUGUCAGGCCGAGCGGUGGCGGGCGUGCAACCCCACGACACCACGAUCACUAAGAUAGUCUUCCUGCCUAGAGGCCGCGGUGGAGCCCGAUUCAUCACUGCUGCUGGUGAUGGUGUCAUCAAGGAGUGGGACCUGUACAGCAUGACAUGUGUGAGGGCGCUACACGGCCAUAAAGGGUCUGUCCGAGAUGUUAGGGUUUCUGGUGACCGUAUUGUGAGCUGUAGUGACGAUGGUAACGUCAGGAUCUGGGACUUGUUGACUCCGCCCCUCCGACUGGGAGACAAAGGGGAGGAUGACACCAUUGAAACAAAGACCAUUGACCAACGGAAGGACAGAUAAUAGCAUCCAAAAGUUUAGACAGGAAAGCUUCAAUCGGGGUCAUUGAUUUAAAGUUGCAGACACUCGGUUCAUUCAGAGUCUCUUAAAAAGGACUUAUUACAUGUACAUCAGAUUUUCGUCUUCCACAUUUAUUCGUGUAAAUGUAUUCAUUUGUUGAAGGAUCAGUUGAAAAUGAAUCAGAUAAGCAUGGAAAGGUUUCGCUUGCACUGGAGAUCUUUCAUACCUAGGGUCAUCAGUUUUAAGUUGAAGACUCCGAGUCCAUUCUGGACACUUGAAAAAGGAAUUAUUACACCAGAUUUUUGUCUUCCUCAUUGUACACUUGCUCCUUUUUGGUGUAGAAUGGGUGGGAACUUCAGCUAGUUAUGAUCCUAGGCAUGUGUUAUGAGGGUAAAUCAAGAUGGAGUAUUUAACACUGAACCACUUCUGUGUAUCUACAGGGUGAGUCAAAAAGAAAGUGACCGAGUUAGCAAAAAAAUAUAACAUAGGAAUUGAGUACAUGUUAUUGACUAGUAACUGUGAAAAUUUUAUGUACCGGUACAUGUAACUUGCAUACUCUAUUCACAAGUAAUUUCUAUUGUAAUAGAAAUACCACACAGCUGUCCACCACAGAUCAUUUAUAGACACGCAUAGAUGAAUACCCUUUAAAUACAGUGAACCAUGGGGGUUUCCCCUCCCCACGAACGAAGGAAAACUUUCAAAGGAAAACAGACGAAAAUCACCAUCAUCAUUUCAGAAAAAAAGACUUGAUUUGUUCCUCAUACAAAACAAAAACCACCUGACAGUAAAAAGAACGUUAGGCCUAAGUCUUGACUUAAUUUAGGACAAUACAUUUGCAUUUAGAUGCCUGUGUGUAAUUUCUGGUUCUCACUAAACGUACUGAGUAGCUUCAACGAUUUUCGUUGUUCAUUUCGCAUUCCACGAAUAGCUGUUAGUGUUAAAAUGGGUUCUUUCAGUAAAACGUGCAUAACUUCUGAUAGCAUGGAUCAAUUUCAGUAUUUUUUUCAGAUGAGUGGAAGAACAUGCCUUUUAAUACAUGAUUCAUUAUUGUAUCACAUUUGAUUGCUGUUUAAGGAAAACAUCCAGGUCACUUUCUGUUUGACUCUCUCUGUAAAGUAGUCCUCAACUUGGGCGAGUAGAAUCAUUUCCCUUAAUGUACUUAAUUAAAACCAAAAACUAUCAGGGCAUCAUUAAGUGAUUUGUCAAACAGAAAAUAUUGUUAGCUAUACAUGAUGAAUUGAUAAGCAUUUUGCUAUUAAGCGCUGAGCAUGUCACAAGCAAGCACGAAGAUACCUAUUAUAAUUAGAUCUCAGACAAUAUGUAGAUGCAAUUGAAGCCUAGAUAGGCAUGGUCGUCGCGAGGGGGGGGGGCAAGAGAAAGCGUUUGCCC